AUCAAGCACCUAUGCAUGCAGACUGCUUCUACAAACAUUUGUGAAAGAAUGGAUCACUCUCAGGAGUUCAGUGAAUUCAAUUGUGGUACCGUGAUAGGUUGCCACCUGUGCAAUAAGUCCAUCUGUGAAAUUUCCUUGCUACUAAAUAUUUCACAGUCAACUGUUAGUGGUAUGAUAACAAAGUGGAAGCAACUGGGAACAACAGCAACUCAGCCACAAAGUGGAAGGCCACCUAAACUGACAGAGCCAGGUUUACGCAUGCUGAAGUGCGCAGAAGUCUCCAACUGUCUGUAGUGUCAAUAGCUAAAGACCUCCAAACUAUAUUUUGGCCUUCAGAUUAGCACAACAGUGUGUAGAGAGCUUCAUGGAAUGGGUUUCCAUCACUAA